UCACGUACAACAACAGAUCCCGGCAACGCAAUGGAAAUUGACGAUGUUGGCACCAUAUUCAAGACCAAAGUGAGAAGCAUAAAGACGAAUCAAUUGCGUACCGACUCUGGAUUGUCAUUAUUCUCUCGAACCCUAGAAUAUCGAAAAAAAUGCAAUCACCUCCAAUGUCAAAAGAAUGGAACAAAGUCUGUUCAAAAUAUCGAAGCUGACUUAUCUCGGUCUAUGAUGAAAACGUUAUACAGCAACAAUAUCGAGAACGAGAAGGAAUAUCAUGGGAUCAGCAAGCGUAGCAGACAACCAUUACUAGACUUUUAUCAUACAACCAACUGGCUAAAACGACAACGCAGAACAAGAUUGUGUCAAACAGAAAAAGCGUACGCCAAGUCAGCCAAAAGUUUAUUAGGAGGUCAGAAGGCAAUCUGCUUCUACGGUGAUGCUGGACGUGGAUACGGAUCAAGAAUCGGUGGCCAUACUCGUGGCAGUCAUGAUGUUUUUAUCGGGAAACUCUCUGAAAAAGCUACAGUGGUGUCUAUUGAUGAGUAUCGUUCGUCAAAAUUGUGUGCCUUCUGCCACAUGCCCAUGGUUCAUCCUGUCAAGACAAACAAGGACAAAUCAAAGAAGAUCACCAAUUUAGGAACGGUUGUUUGCAUCAACCCUGAUUGCAUCAGCCGGAAGAAUGGAUAUGCCGCCAGAGGACGAGACACCAAUGCCUCUAUCAACAUAGCAAUGAUCGGAUAUGAACAGCUCGCCUUUUGUCAAACAAUUCAACAAUUCGAAAGAUCUUCUCUUCAUGCUGGAGGUUUGAAAGGGAAGGUAACACUUGUAUAGUGUUGGGCUGUAAAUAUCAAAAAAAAAAAAAAAUAAUCCCUCAUUAUUGAUAUGUCGAUUAACUCAUUUUUCUUUUUUUUUCAACUCCAUCGAUGGAAAAUAAGUACGCCCUUGUCUUGCAAACAUUGUAUUUUUAUGC